AUGCAAGCUCUCCCGUCCGCCACCCCAGUCCGGUUUGGACCCGGUGGCUCCAGCUCCCCAUCGUCAUCAGCAGCAGCAGCCCGGGCAGCCUCCUGGCGCUCUAACGCCUCCGAGCUCCGCGACGUGACGCGUGACUUCUCGGCCGCGCGGGCGACUUCGACGGACGCCAAGACCAAGAGUUACACGGAGAAAGAGGUGGCGAGGUUUGAGGCCAUGGCGAGGAACGCCGAGUUGAUGGCUAGUAUGGCUAUGAGGUCGGCGGCGGCAGCGGCUUCGAACAAGGCUGCUGCUGCUAAGAAGAAAGAGUGCCAGAAAUUCGGAGUGAAGCUUGUGUAA